AAAUACCACAAGCUUUUAGCUAUAAAAGGAGAAACGAAGGUGCAUCAGAAAUAUACUAAACUAUCAUCCCAACACACAAAACACACACAUACAGAGUCCCUCGCUUCUGAUCAGUGUGGUGUGCGGUACCUUGAAAGAGAAGAAAAAAAAUGGGAUUCCCUUUUGAAGAAACCUUGAGCUCUAACCCUAAAACCCAAACUGUUGUUGAUGAUGAUAACGAGUUGGGUUUGAUGGCCGUGAGACUAGCCAAUGCAGCAGCCUUUCCAAUGGUUCUCAAGGCCUCUCUCGAGCUCGGUGUUUUCGACACUCUCCACGCCGAAGCUGCUCGUACCGACGCCUUCCUCUCACCAUCUGAGAUAGCGAGUAGGCUACCAACUACUCCACGUAACCCUGAGGCACCGGUUUUGUUGGACCGGAUGCUUCGUCUACUCGCUAGCUACUCCAUGGUCAAAUGCGAUAAGGCUGGGAAGGGUGAGAGAACCUAUAGGGCCGAGCCAAUUUGCAGGUUCUUCUUGAAAGAUAACAUUCAAGAUAUUGGAUCCCUUGCGUCUCAAGUCAUUGUCAACUUUGACAGCGUCUUCCUCAAUACCUGGGCACAAUUGAAAGACGUGGUGCUAGAAGGAGGGGAUGCAUUUGGCCGUGCACAUGGUGGCAUGAAACUCUUUGACUAUAUGGGAACUGAUGAGAGGUUCAGCAAGCUCUUUAACCAGACAGGGUUCACCAUCGCUGUGGUGAAGAAGGCUCUUGAAGUUUACCAAGGCUUCGAAGAUGUGGAUGUUUUGGUUGAUGUUGGAGGAGGAGUUGGCAACACGCUUGGUGUUGUUACUUCUAAGUAUCCCAAUAUUAAGGGUAUCAACUUUGAUCUGACUUGUGCCUUGGCACAAGCACCUUCUUACCCUGGAGUGGAACAUGUCGCUGGAGAUAUGUUUGUGGAUGUUCCAAAGGGAGAUGCUAUGAUCUUAAAACGUAUACUACAUGAUUGGACCGACGAAGACUGCGUAAAAAUUCUCAAGAAUUGUUGGAAAUCACUACCGGAGAACGGUAAGGUUGUUGUGAUAGAAUUAGUCACCCCUGAUGACGCGGAGAAUGGAGAUAUUAACGCCAACAUUGCCUUUGAUAUGGAUAUGUUGAUGUUCACACAAUGUUCUGGUGGAAAAGAAAGGUCACGAGCCGAGUUUGAAGCUUUGGCUGCAGCUUCUGGCUUCACCCAUUGCAAAUUCGUUUGCCAGGCUUAUCACUGCUGGAUUAUUGAGUUUUGUAAAGAAAAUGCGUAAAAUACAAAACUAAGACGUUUCAUCUUCGUUUGAUCAGUUCUUUGUUUGUGAUGAUGAUACUUUGUAUGUAUGUGUUCGAGCAAUAUGAAAGAAAAAAACAAUCUUUUUGUUUAUUUUUCAAUUUUCAUUGUACUUAUCAUAUUUACACAAGGCUACCUAUUUAAUGGACUU